ACAUCUCUGUGUCUGACGGCAAGUUCACGACGUACACCACCGUCACCGUCCACGUGCUGCCUCUCUGGGAGGACAUGCUGCAGCACAGCGUCAGCAUCAGGUUGCGGAGUAUGACGGCCCAUCACUUCGUGCUGCGGCAGUGGAAGAGCCUGGUGCAGCUCCUGGAGUCAGCGUUGCUGAGGCAGGUGUCACUGACCAGUUUGCAAGCUGUGGCUCACGGUGACCUUGACAUACUCUUGACCAUCACUGGGGGUGUGGAGCUGGCGGUGCUCAGCGAGGCUCUACAGUCCGCUGGGCUGAGCGGGGCCAACUGGUCAUGCGACUGCCACAACGGCGCUCUCUCUCUGCCGCCAGAAGGUUCAGAUACAGCGGGACUUGGUGUUCACAGUGGCCACAGACCACAUUCUCCCGGGUGGCGACUGUGGGUGUCCACCUCCUCAGGGGUGCAUGCCCCAGGCGGGGGCCCCUGGGGGCUACAUCUGCGUACCUCCCUCCUGCCCUCCAUCUCACUCUUGUCCCCCCCCCGCCGUUACCGCGCCAGCAUCCACUGGGAGGAGCUGGUGGCGAUCGUCGUGGCCAUCCUCAUAGUCUCGUGUCUUGUACUCGUAUUCGUCCUCUACAGACGCUGCCACCGCAUCAGUCCUGGGAACAGGGUGGAAAAGUCGGAACUGAAUCACGUCAUCAAGAGAACCUCCAAACUCAGUAACCUCCAGGUUACACAGCCCUCCAGGCCAACGUCGUACACGUGCAGUUCUAACAACGAGGUUUUCUCAGCCGUGGCGCUCAACAACGCCGAGAGAGGGACAGCGGAGUCAGACAACGUGCCGCCAGACUACAGGCGCAACCUCAUGAGUCCCCAUCACAAGAUCAACAACGAUUUAAAACAAACUGCAGACAUCCCCCUACACCAGGUUAUACCCGCAGAAGAUGAUACAAGAACGAUUGGAGGAUUCCACUGGGACUGUACGGAGUGGUUGCAGAACGGCGAUGUCCACACAACCAUCCUGGGCGACUCUUCCAGUUACCAUAGCAACGAUAGCUGUCUCACAGGUGACCCUGCUCGGGAACUGGCGACCCUAGACACCAAACUGAAAAGACAAGAGGAUCAGAUGAUCCCGUACGGGUUUCCCAGGAGCCGAGACAUCUGCUUGUAA